UGAGAAAACACCUUUGACCACAAGUGUCAAUAUAAUUAUUUCAUAUCUAAAAACAUGAUUGACGCAAACAAACACAUUUGUAAUCUUCCCUGCUGUGAUUUUGUUUGGACUCUGAAGUUCGACAUGAGUGACGUUUUCUUAGUUAAUUAAAUUUCUUAUUCAUUCUUAGUACGCUGAUUUCCAAGGAGUAAAAUUCGUCAUUGGAUUGGGUGAUAAUUUUUAUUACAAAGGUGUUCGUACGGUGGAUGAUCCCCGAUUUACUGCGACCUUUGAGCACGUGUACGCGAGCCCCGCCUUAAAAGAAGCGACGUGGUACAUGAUUGCUGGAAAUCAUGACCACGGCUCAAACGUCUCUGCACAGAUAGCUUACACUAAGAUCUCCCCUCGCUGGCACUUUCCGAAUUUCUUUUACACUAAAGUUUUGAAGUUACCAGGAACUUCCAAAACAGUUCAACUGGUCAUGUUAGAUACAACUAUGCUGUGUUGCAGAAACCAACUGAAGAAGUUAAGGAAAUUCUCAAGUCAACGACAACAACUAACCUGGAUAAAAGAUACACUUCGAAGUUCUACCGCGGACUUCCUUAUAGUGGCUGGUCACCAUCCCGUUUUCUCAGCCGGUUCUCAUGGCAAUACUCGAUACCUUGAAACUAAACUCAAGCCACUGCUGGAGGAAAAUAACGUCACGGUAUACCUCAGUGGCCAUGAUCACAGUCUACAGCACUUCAAAGAAAACAACUCUAUUGUGAACUACUUCGUAUCUGGGGCUGGAGGUGGAAAUUUUCACAGGCGAAGCCAUUGGAACAAGGAGCAUCACAAGAUUGUCAGCACAAAAAUCAAGUUUUUCAAUGGUUACUAUGGAGCUUUCACUUUGUUCGAAGCCACUCCUGAAUUUCUCAAAAUCACGCAAAUCAAUGAGAAUGGAAAAGAGUUGUACAAGGCACAGUUAAGACCAAGGAACUCAAGAACAGUCGUGGCUUUCGAUUUUAUAAAACCGAAAACACAACCGAAAUUAACACCAAGUGUGAAACCGACAUUAAAACCGAAAACGCAACCGAAAUUAACACCGAAAUCAAAACCGACAAUAAAACCGGUAUUAGUACCUCGCGGAAUUAGUAACCUAUGGGGCCGUUUAUAGCUGUUUUACUAGCCGUUGUGGGUACCUUGGUUGCCACAGUCUUUUUAUGUGCACUUUGGUUUUCCAAAGCGUGUAGAAAUACAAAAAAUCGAAACACCUGGACCAGGUUGCCUGAAGAGUCGAGUCAAGAAUCUGAAUCUGAAAAUUGACUUCAGUUAAUAGCUAAGUUGUACAUCCACUAUAAAUGUAUUUAUAUAUAAGCAUCUUUAGUUCCUCUAGUGUCGAUCUUGUGAUCAUUCCAGCUCAAGGUUAGCCUACACGUCUUUCUUGUCAAUGAUAAAGGUUUUAGUUUCCGUACUGGUCUUGGAGGUUUAGUUUUUAACAAUAGCUUAUAACGGUGAUCAUGUUUGGUUUUGUCUACUGACCAAUUGUUGAGGCCCUUCACUGAACGAUUCCUGAUUUGGCGUAAGUUCUUAACUGAGUGUUACACUCGUUGCAUCAAGUGCUUUGCCUUUCAUUUGCUGUAGUCGCAUAAAAGUGUUUAGCUUAAUGUACCGUAAAGACGUUAAAUCCUCCAAGGUCAGUCGUUCUGUAAGCCCACACAUGCCUACCGAUGGACUUUCAAGUGCGUGUGUAGUCAAUCAAAAGGAGUUUGCCAUGCAAGUCACUGGAACGAGGUCAGCCAAUGGAGAUUAGAUUCCUAUGAACUCUCUCUACUUGUUGCCGAAUGCCCCAAUAAACUUCUAUUUUCCUCUCAGUGGCGUUCAUCCUUUCUCCAGCACCUCCCUCGCGCUCUACAUUCUUUUAUAUUUUCAUAUAAGAGAGCGACUGGGGAGUCAGGUACUUGUAUUCAUGUCUUAGGUCUCGUGUCACCCAAGCUCACGAUUCUUAUAUUCAGGGGUAAAAUAUACUGAUUUACACGGAUUAUAACUAGGGCUGUCACUAAGGUGCUCCAAAUCAAAAAAAAAAAAGAAAAAAGAUGCUC